AUGGACAAAGGGUUCUUUCGGAACCACACACGUGGUUUUUUUUCCAUUUUUUCAUUUUUUGUCAUCUUUGUAUUUGGAAUUUGUCUAUUAGAUAUUGAGUGCAAAGGUGAAGGUCUCGAAAAUAGAAAGAAUUUCCCCUUGUACAAAUAUAAAUUAUAUGGAGAUAUAGAUGAAUAUGCAUACUACUUUUUAGAUAUAGAUAUAGGAACCCCUGAACAGAGGAUAUCAUUAAUACUUGACACUGGAUCAUCGUCUUUGAGCUUUCCAUGUGCAGGUUGUAAAAGUUGUGGAGUUCAUAUGGAGAAUCCAUUUAACCUGAACAAUUCUAAGACGUCAUCUAUUUUGUAUUGUGAUGAAAAGAAUGAAUGUCCUUUUAAACUGAAUUGUGUUAAAGGUAAAUGUGAAUAUAUGCAAUCAUAUUGUGAAGGUUCACAAAUUAAUGGGUUUUACUUUUCAGAUGUAGUUAGUGUGGUAUCUUACAACAAUGAAAAAAUAACUUUUAAAAAAUUAAUGGGUUGUCAUAUGCAUGAAGAAAGCCUCUUCUUGUAUCAGCAAGCCACGGGAGUUCUAGGAUUAAGUCUUUCUAAACCACAUGGCAUUCCAACUUUUAUCAAUUUACUUUUUAAUAGUGCUCCUCAACUACAGGAAAUUUUUACAAUUUGUAUAUCGGAAAGUGGAGGAGAAUUCAUAGCAGGAGGGUAUGAGAAUGAUUACAUCGUUCGUUCUGACAGUAGGAACAAAAACAUUGAUGAAGUUGGAAAAGAUAACAAUGUAGAGAAUCCAAGUGAUAAACAGAAUGAACAAAAUGGUUAUCAUCAUCCCCAAGAUGAAAUGAGGAAUGGAGAAAAGGGGCUAAGAGAAGCAGAAAAAAUAGUGUGGGAAAACAUAACGAGAAAAUAUUAUUACUACAUAAAGGUAAGAGGCUUAGACUUUUAUGGAACGAAUCUUAUGAACUCAACGAAAACUUUGGAAAUGUUAGUAGACUCAGGUAGCACAUUUACACAUGUACCUGAAGAUUUAUACAACAAAAUAAAUUUUUUUUUUGAUAUUCUUUGUAUAUCCGAUAUGAAUAAUGUAUAUGAUGUGAAUAAAAGAUUGAAGAUGACAAAUGAAUCAUUCAAUAAUCCACUAGUACAUUUUGAUGAUUUUAAAAAGUCGUUAAAAAAUAUUAUAGAGAAAGAAAAUAUGUGUAUAAAGAUAGUAGAUGGGGUACAAUGUUGGAAAUAUCUAGAUGGAUUACCUGACCUUUUCAUAACAUUAUCAAAUAAUUAUAAAUUAAAAUGGCAACCUCAUUCUUAUUUAUAUAAAAAAGAAUCAUUUUGGUGUAAGGGAAUAGAAAAACAAGUAAAUAACAAACCCAUAUUAGGUUUAACAUUUUUUAAAAAUAGACAAGUUAUUUUUGACAUUCAAAAAAAUCAUAUUGGUUUUGUCGAUUCUAAUUGUCCAUCUCAUUCUACAAAAUCAAGACCAAGAACAUAUAAUGAGUAUAAAAGAAAUGAUAAUAUAUUUCUAAAAAUUCCAUUUUUUUCCCUAUACAGUUUUUUUGUGCUUUUUGCACUCAUUAUAUUACUCUCCCUUUUGUUUUACAUGAAGAGGUUGUACCAUAUGGAAUACAAUCCACUGUCAUCCGAUGUAAGCCACCCACCUACCCAAUCGUAG